ACAUUUGAAAACUUUGUGACUGAACCUUAAUUUGACAUUUAUUAAUGGUAACGAUGUUUACAAGUAUUUUUUCUAAUUUAUGAUAUGACUCACUUAAUUUGAGUUAAAAGUAUUUUAUCUGUUAAUCUGCAUUGAACCUAUCAGAAUUUGCGAAGCAUAUCAAUUAAACCAACUCAAUUGAAUAAUGAAUCAAAGUUAAAUGUAAAAUUAUGUAACUUGAUUUGGUCCACUGCACAUCAGUAUCAAUUCUGUUUGGAUCAAAACAAACCUUCGGUUAUUUAUAGCAAAAAUGAGGAGGAGUAGUUUACUUGUAAAUAUAGAUUUUGGAAGAGUACAAUUGCUAUCACACUCCUAAAAUGUUUGUACGAGAAAGAUUUUCUAAUUUCUAUUCAAAAUCUACUAAGCAGUAUCCUGGUGAAUUGGAUAUGAUAGAGCCAAACCUCUAUCUCAGCGGUGUAGCAGAAGCUCAAAACAUCGAAACUCUCAAAAAGUACAAAAUAACUCAUAUACUUACAAUUAAUGAUUAUCCAUUGACAUCCCUUGUUAAACAGGCCUUAGGUCAUCUCCAAAUGAAAUAUAUAAAGCUUCCAGAUGUGUGCUCAUCAGAUUUACUUUCAUAUUUUGACGAAGCCUAUGAGUUUAUUAGAGAAGGUGUAAAUAAAGGAGCAGUACUAGUACACUGUCAAAUGGGUGUAUCCAGAAGUGCCACAAUAGUUAUAGCAUAUCUUAUGAAGAAGUACAACAUAACUUACAGGGAAGCAUUGGAUAGGGUGAAAAUGAAACGAUGUGUGUUUCCAAAUCAAGGUUUCGUAUCCCAAUUGGAAAGCUACCGGGACAUGGGUUAUACCACAAUGAGAAGAUACGAUCCCAGACUUGCCAGAUACAUGAUGAGAUGAACCGACAGUUUAACUACUAAUACAGCUAAGUGCUGAUUGUUCUCAUCACUUUAUUUUCAUUUAUUUUAUUUAUGUACUUAAGGAUUCAAUAGAGGCAUAAAAAUUCUAGAAAACUAGAUAAAAAAAUCAUUACCUAUCAAAAUAAUUGGUUCCUUCUUAUUUUACUUAACUACGAUUUUUGGCAUUUAGAAAAAAUAAAAUUUAUUUUACACUCUGAAAUUGUAGUCCACAGAGACUGAUGGUAAUUAAUUUACUUUCAGUUUCAGAAGAUGAUAUUUUCGUUAUGUAAAUAUGUGUAAUUGUAAUUGUUGGUCUAGUAGAAGUGUUUUCACUAUGAAUAUCACCAACGGUUCCCACUAAUUUAAAAUAAAAAAGAUUAAUUCUUGAAUUAAUUUUUCUUCUAUAUACAGAAAAUUGAGUCCACCGUUGAUCUUAUUUUGUCGCUUUGGAAGUUUGCUUGUUAUAUAUAUUUUUUGAAUGUUGGUUUCUUUAAAUACUUUUGUCUUCUUGUUUUCGCGUCUGUCAGACACCUGGCACGAGACAAGUGAAACUACAGACCACGUCAUCUAUGAAUGCCCAGCUCUCACACAAGUAUUGUUCAAACACUUGGGCAAGCCUCACAGCUUGACUAAUGACAUCAAAGCCCAAGCGCUUGAUCAGCUUCUUAAAGGUCAUCGUCAAUUGGGGUACAAAUAGCCUAACUGAAAGCCUAUGUGCUUACACAUUAAAUUUGUAAUAUUUGUUUCACACUCUCCAAUAUACAUAAUUCAAUUCUUUAAUCUCAAUAUAUGUGAUUAUCAAUAUUUAAAAUAUGUGUCAUGGUAACAAUCUAAUCAUAGUUGUGUUAGACCAAAACAAUAUUGAUAAUAUUGCCUGGUAUUUUUUUGAGAUUAAAUAUUUAAUUAUGAGAAAAUUGAUUGUGAUAAUGUUGAUAAAAGAAGAUAUAUCCUUAGUACUUUAAGUUUUACUUGAAAUAUUUUUUAUCAUAAUGAUCACCGUUAACUCUUUCAGUCAAGCUUCUAUGUUACGAAAGUUUUGGGAAUUCAUGUUUUAUUUUAGGAUCAUUUAGCACUAAAAUAUCACAAAAAUUAGGGGGGAAUAAUCUAGGUUAAAACCUUUGGAGAAAUGAGGUUGUUAGUAGCUGACCACCAUGACUAUUGAUACAAAUAAAACUAUAAUGAUUAUGUGUUAUGUUUGUGACACUAACCACCAAGACUGAAAGAGUUAAGACUAAAAAUGUGACAAAUUUUAUGUUUUUGCAUGUUUAAUUUAUAACUAAAUACAGUUGAACAUCGUAAAUCCGGUAUAUCUAGAAUCAGGACUGAUUCAUUCAUAUCGUAAUUAAUAUAUUAAGGCCCAGCGAAAUUGCUAAUUCAGUUCUAAAUGCUAAUAAAAAUAGUGACGAGGAGGAGGGAAAAGACUGUGAAGCAGUUGAGGAAAAAAUGUUUACGAGUUUAAUUGACGUUUUCGGAACGGCAAUGAAUGAAUUUGAACAGAGAGAAUGUAUCAUUGGAGAAGAAAUUUCCUGUUUGUAAAUUAGGGGAAAAAAAAAUGACACAGCAAACACUGUGUAAUAAAUAAUAAAAAAAUAUUUCAGUUAAAGAUUAUCCUCACUAUUACUUUAAUUAAUGUUUUUUCAACUUCUGUUUAUAAAGUAUUUAAUCUUUUUAUUAUUAUUACCUAUUUUAUAAAUGUGUUUUGGUGUAGUACUAAACGCGAUUUAUUCAUAUUUUGUGGGGAGGUAUGAGAAAUAUGCACAACAAGGAGGGAUAAUAUCAUGAUGUACAAGGUGUGCUAUAGCGCACCAGCUGGGAAGCAGCCAAUGAGAAUUCGCUCCCAAAGAGAUGCGCAGAACGAGUCCAAAAUGAGCCCUCGGGAAAAACACACCUUGCAUUCUUUACAUCAUGGAUAAUAUCACUUCCCCACAAUUUUAUGCGUACCUCUCCAUCUAUUUACAUUAAUAUGUAAUGCGAUAUGAUUUUUAGUUAGCGCGAAAGAUGGUGCCACAACAAAUGAAUCGUUUUUUUUUUAUAAACGGGCGUAAAUCCAAGAAAGUAAACUUUCGCAAUACUAAAAAAACUGUUCAAAUCAAAAUAUUUCACUUCAAAGAUUUUUAAAAAAAUGUCAACAUGUAAAGAAAUUCAAUUUACAUCAGGAUUCAAAAUUUUACACUUGUAUCUUUAUCCAUAAUUUCGUUAUAUAGCUUUAAAAAUGUUAAACUAUCGACUUUUUUAAACAAAUUAAGUUGUGAGGAGAUAAAAAACUAUUUAAUCUCAAGUGAACACUUUUAUUGUAAGACAAUGUUUACAAUUUACUAAAAAGGUAGUGAAAUUACUUCUGUUUUGUGGGUAGUCGUUGGUUUCUUCAACCUCGAAAUCGUCGGUAAUCUCUUGAGAUCUGUCAACAGUUGGCCAGUCACAAAUUUCUUAUAUAAUUGUAUGUAUAAUAAAUAGUUAAAAAUAUUUUCUGCGCGUGCCUCAAAUUCCGCCAUGUUUUUCGGGCACUUUACAAAUAAACAUACGAUACACACUACACUACGUUGUCUAUACAAUUUAAAAUAAAAAAAAUUGUGUGUGUCAGCUCCGACGCACGACUGGAGUUUACUCCUUAAGUUCGAUAGUCUAACCAGACGCAAAAAGAGUUUAUUUAACUUAAAAAAGAUUGAUAUUUAUUUAUUGACAUUUAUUAUAACUAAUCGGCGAAAUAUUUUACAUUAAACUUUUUACAAUAGUCAAUAAUCUCGAUAAUUCAUAUUGGGUUCAUUAUCUAAUUUUAUGUGUUGUUUUCAAAUAUAUAUUUAUAUGAACUACAUCGAUAAUUAUUAAAAUAUUUAAUAAAUACAAAUUGCACAUGCUCAUACAUAUAAUACAUGAAUUAUAACGUACCUUGCAACCACGUGUUUGUUAAAUGUUCCGGCAAUAUCAUCUACACCUCUUUCUGCCAUAGUUAUUUGAAAAUACUUUCAGUUCACUUUAGCGGAACACAAUGAUAAAAAUUAAAACUUCACAAUAACAAUAUUAAUUAUUGAUAUUUAUAAUAAAAACAGCAAUAUAAGUAUGUUGACAUUGACAAAUUAGAAAGUUGCGCACCAAAAACGUAACGAGGUCUUUCAUCGAUAGAUUUUUCUCCUACCGGUCUCCUUAUAUAUGCAAAUCGAUUCUUAAGGAGUAAACUCCAAAAAGUAAAGAAAAUUGCUUAUCUGUUAAAAACAGUGAAAUUGAAAUGAACGUAUAUUUAUAAAUAAAAAAUUAACAAGUACUUUUAUUGAAAUAAAAAUUGCUACCAAUAAAAAAGGGUGGAAAAAAAACAUUGUUGUUAUGGAAUAUGCCGUAGCGAUACAGAAAUAAAUCCUUUUUAAAAAAUCAAAAUUUUUUUGUGAAUUUCCCAAAACCUUGUUUGGAAUACCGUCAAAAAAGUAUUGAAACAACAGUGAAAAAUCAUUUAAACACUUGUUCCAAGUGUACUAAAUGUGUCUUAGUCAAUAAAAAGUUGUGAUGAAUAAUACCAUUUAUUGUAGGGUAGGAUGUAACACAUCCUUUUAACUAAGAUUCAUAUCAAGAUCUAAUCUGAACUGAACUGAUCUGAAAGUACAGUUUAUCCUUCUUAUCUAUGUUCUUUCCUUUUGUUACUUGUGAUAUAUACGAUUUUUUGUAAAACCUAUUUUACCAUUUCUUGGAAUUUAAAACUAUGUCAGAUGAUUCAACCUCAUGCACUUAUUAAACCGUGAUGAGUUUUGCGAAAUUAUGUCAUGUUUCUUUAAAGCCUUAGAUAUUAUUCCGAAAUCCCUAUCACACGGGUGGAAACUGUGGCCUUAAACAUGGAAAUACUGAGUGACCUUCUGUAAACGACCUGAAUCUGUCAGGUCUGAACAGACUGUAAAGUAAGUCUACAAAGACUGUACAAGGAUGUUUAGUAAUAUUCACUACAAUAUUUUGGAGGUUAUAAUUACAAUAGACCAAAAUGAGCAGUAAUAGCUGACUGCACAUAACAGCCGAAAGUCCAAAAAUCAAACAACAGAAUCCAUAGAGGAAGUGGACUUAUGCCUUUCUCUUUUGGACUCGCGCCCUUUUAAAUUAAACUAAAAAAUUAAAAUGCGGAUUUCACUCAUUUCCUCUCGUGAUAAAAUCGCCCUUUUAUAAAAAUUGAUUUAUUCUGAUGUUUAGACUACAGAACUACCAAAACCUGUAAAUCGAAAAAAUGGACUUACGCCCGAUUCAAAUGCAUUCACGGAAAAAUCUAAAAUCCGGAACCAAUCCUUUCCAAGCGAUUCCGGAUUUACGAUGUUGAACUAUAUAAAAAUUUAAUGAAUUACUACUUAAGGUAGUGUAAAAAUUUUAUUUUAAUACGCACUGUAAUUUUUCACUUUCACUAAUUUGUUAUUCACUUUAUAUAAAUAAAUCGUUUUUAUUUUAUA